AUGACGCAGUCUGACAACGGCCAAGCUAAGUGCGGCUUCCUCCAAAUCCCUGGCGAGAUCCGAAACAUGAUAUACGACUAUGUUCUUGAUGAUGGUUGCGUUUGGAAAAUCCGCGAGGGUCGAACUUUCAAAGCAUCAAAUGGCCGCGAAUAUCCCCUAGCCUUACUCGAGACUUGCAAACAAAUCCACGAUGAGACACGUAUGUUGGCAUUUCGAGGCACAUUUAGCGUCCCCAAUGGCGAGACCCUCGACUACAAAGUGGGAAUGCCAAAUCGUGGCCGUCACAUCACCUCGAUCGUUGUCGAAAACUGGCACCACAAACCAUUGAGUGGAAAGGGAACGAAUGACUGUAGAUUUAUCAACCAGCUGCCCAAUCUCUCGCAAAUAUGUUUUGUUAUCGACGAUAGGAAACACAAAUUUGUGGACAGGAAAGCAUGGUUUGAGGGCGAUUACUCUGCUAACCGCUUUAUCUUGACUAAUAUACCUUGGAACUGGUGUAUCAAUGCGAAGGUCAGCGUGCGACUGAUUACGAGAUACUGGAGUAGUACUACGUACUCACUUGAUCGCCGUCUUAUUGGCUUUCGGACUUAGGACUUGUUGACACUACCACACCUGAUGUGUCCAGCCCUGUACGCUGGCGAUAAAUUCAAAUAGUUUAGUCCGAAUCAUGAUUCAAGCCUUGAACUUCUGAAAAAGCAUCCAGAAAGUAUUCGAGUGAAGAAAGACAGAUUUCUGGUCCCAUAUAAUUUCUUGCGCGUCAAUUGAGUUGCUCGAAAAACUGUGCUGACGCCGCACUGGUACGGUACCUCUUCCUCUUUUGCCUAUAAUCUUUGGUCAUUUACCUCGAAUGCCGCCCAAAAGUUUCCAUACAGUUUAUGUUGUCGAAUGAAUCUCAAUGCAGCAAGCAAACUACCUGUAUCUAUGCAUAUGUACGCAUUGUACACAUCAUCAUUGUGCGCCGGCUCGACAGCCUAUCUCCACCCGUCUAUUCCAAAGACUCACACCCUCUUUCAAAGAAGUGCAUGAUUCACCGGAAGGACGUUGAUACCCUCUAUCAACAAGUUUCAGGCCUUGAUACAUCAUAGCAUGCAGCAGGCAAACACUUCCUCUCUUUACACAGCAUGUUCAAGGAUCAAACCCCCAGUCUAAAAAGACUUUCCUCCGGAACUCCCCCGACAUGUCAGAAUAUGCAAUCCGGUAGCUGGCAUACAUCCCCGAUAUCAACUUCCCCGGGGCAUCUAUCAUGCUACGGUAUGCCGGUGAAGCAAUGCAAGACCUUGUAAAGAGAACUCGGCUACAUGCCUCUCUACCGAGUUGAGACCAUGAUGUGCACUCCCAGUUGACAUUCCGACUCAAAAUUGCGUCGAUUAUGACUCGAUUUCAUCUUGAACAGUCCCUCGGCGUUCUUGCAUGUCCGUACAUCGACUUCGAUCAUGAAAUACCGGUGAACGACGAAGACUUUCGAGAAGCGAUAGGUCUAGACAGCACCAUGAAAUGGAGGGCAGCUAACCACACUGCCUCCUGACCAGCUGCACGGCUCAUGUUCAGCCAUGUGACAGCGCGUAGUGCUCUAGCCGGAUGCGUAUGCGUGUAUAUUGCUCGAGGCGCCUGUUGACGCUGACCGUGCGUCUAUCCAACCUUGAACUUACAUGGGUUUUGGUUGGGAAUUGAUGCACGGUAUACCGA